GGUUAUCGGUCUGUGGUGUUACCGUACUACAUCCAGCUCAUUUAGACAUGGAGAACGUGGAUGGCUGGACGAUUCCAGCCGCAGAUAGUUUAGUUGACCAUGGAAAUGAUUUUUUGACUGCUAACGAUCUAAACAGUGCAGCUCUUGAUGAUAUCGAUGAUAUUGUCCAGUAUAUGUUAUCUGACACAAGUUCAACCAAGAACGAUUUGUUUGAUGGCCAGCUGAAUUUGUUAAAACCAGAGGCAGAGGGUUUUGUGGACAGCCAUCCCUUGCAAGACCCAGUGAAACAUGAAUUGUCCUUUGAUGAGCAGUUGGAUUUGUCAAAUCUGAACAGUAAUAACUCAAGUGUGUUAUUAAAUGAUGCAAACUUUAGUGCUGAUAGUUUAAAUGGAUUAGAGGGCGUGGACUUGUUAGAGACAGUGGGAGGGGAUACUCUCAAAUCACCCCUUGUUAACAUUUCGCAUUUCAAUAGUGCUCAGAAUCUUCAACAGGCUGCAUUAAAACUUCAGAAACAAGUCCAACUUGUUCAGCAGCAAAAACAGUUGUUGCUACUGCAACAACAGCAACAGCAGAAGCAGCAACAGAAGCAACAACAAGCCCAACUUUUACAACAGCAGUUAAGACUAAUUCUGCAACAAGCAGCCACAAAGUCACCACCACCAGUUGUUGCACAGCCCCAGCCACAGGUUCAACAGCAACAAGUGAGCUUACAGCAACUGCAACAGCUUUUACUACAGUCACAAGCUUUGAACCAGUCCGUUAUAUCUGCCAUCCCUGCUUCAACAUCAUCAUCACCAGCGACACAGACUGCACAAGUCAUCAAAGCACAGAAUGUCACCACACAGUCACAAGUGGUAUCCUCGACACCUAACAUUGUCACUUUGUCCUCCCUCUCUCCAACCACCUUGACCCCCCAACAAACUGUCACCACCACUGUUCCCCAGGUACAAACUGUUGUAACUAGUAUUCCUAUUCAGGUGGUGGACAGUGAAAAAGUUCCUAUAAAUCGCCUCAACAACCCCAAUAAAGUGCCUAAGAAGGGAGAGAAGAGAACAUCUCACAAUGCCAUCGAAAAGCGUUAUCGAUUAAGUAUAAACGACAAAAUCACAGAGCUAAAGGACUUGGUUGCAGGCACAGAAGCCAAGUUGAACAAAUCUGCUAUUUUAAAGAAAGCAAUUGAUUACAUCAGAUUCUUGGUUAAUACCAACAACAGAUUAAAGCAAGAGAACAUGGCUCUUAAAUUGGCUGCCUCAAAGCACUGUAACAUUGAGGAUUUGUUGAAACAAACUCCACUAACACCCCCAAGUUCUGAGAAAGGAUCCCCUAUUCAUCUAACUCAGUUUGGAAGUGAUGGAGAAUCACCACCUAAUAGCCCCAUGUAUGAAUCAGAUUCACAGUCCGAUUCUAGUCUUUCUGGAGGAAAUGUCAUGAAUACCAUGCGAGAUCAAACCAGGAUGGUGUUAUGUGUGUUCAUGUUUGCAGUGUUGGCAUUCAAUCCAUUUGGAGCCUUGAUUGGUUCAAGUUCAAACAGUGAUGGAUACGCUGGCCAACAUGCUGGCAGAACACUUAAGAAUAUCAAUGAUGGAGAGACAAAUGGUUGGUGGGACUGGAUGUUCCCCACUCUUUUGAUGUGGGUUCUUAAUGGUGUCAUCUGCAUUGGUGUACUGAUCAAACUUCUGGUCUUUGGAGAGCCUGUAGUGAAAAAGAAUACAGAGGCAGCAGUGUCCUUUUACAGACACAAAACUCAGGCAGAGGCUCACCUUGAAAAGGGUAAUUUUUCCUGGGCAACAGAUCAGCUACGGAAAUGCUUAGCUUGCUUGGGAAGACCUUUGCCAACUUCAAAACUUGAAUUAGUAUCUGGUCUCUCAUGGAAUUUUCUGAGACAUCUACUACACCGACUUGUUGGGAAGUGGUUGUUUAAGCCCACGACAGUGUGCAGCAAAGACGAUGCCAACACAUCAGCCAAGAAUGCAGCACUUGUUUAUCAUAAAUUGAACCAACUUCAUUUGUCAGGUCAUAUUCCUGGUAGUCCUUGGUGGGGAGUGAAUCUGAGUUUGAGUGCCAUUAACAUGGCCGAGGCUGCUGGAGAAGCCCUUCCUUUGACUCAGUUAGCCGAGAUUUAUGCCACAUGUGCAAUAAGAAUCCAAUCUACUUUACCAUGGAAACUGAAAUUCUUAUCAAAAUACUUGCUGAGUUGUGCCAGAAAAGCUUGUUUAACAAGUGGAGACCGUCUACCUCCCAGUGUCCAGUGGCUUUCUCAUCCAGAAGGUUACAGGUUUUUCGUCAGGGGGAAGUGGACUCUAGGAGGGAAGAAUAGCCUCUUUACUACUCUAGGAUGUGAAGCUGAUCCUUUGGAACAUGUUGCUCAGAUGUUUAGAGAAUACAUGCUGGAAAAGGCUCUGUUUUCACUAGGCAAUCCAGCCAGAAAUAAGGAGGGACCUACACAGUCUGCAGAGGUGUUAUUGUACACACAGUUACUGACAGACAGUGCCACCUCCACAACCAAAUCAGUCAACUUAUCAGAAGGAGGCAUUGGCACCACCGCAGGUGGUGAUGAAUUGGGUCAAUGGUGGUCAGCUGUUGUUACGGUUGCUAUCAACUGGUUAGUCGGAGAUGAGGAAAAUGCAGAAGCUCAGUACCCCAUGUGUGACUCCUUCCCUCAGAAACUCCAACAGUCUGAUGAUCCUUUGCCAAAAGCCGUGCUGGUUGCUUAUCGUGCCAGGAGAAACAUGAUGACAAAUACUCAUGGAUAUUCUCACUGUAUCCGCCAGUGUGACAGAGCAGGUCGUCUGCUAAGAGAGAGUCUGAAGCUAUCGUAUUCCAAACAGAAUGAACAAAUUGUACAGUUUCUUCAGCUUCUUGUUUGUGACUGGCUGUUGACUACAAGAACAGAGCUUUGGGAGAAGAGUUGUAAAGAGGAAUCCACCACAGCUUCACAAACAGAAAUGAUAGCCUUCCAACAGGACCUGAACAGCUUGAGAAAACUGGCCCAAGUGCAUAAAAACAUUUUACCAAAAGUGUUCCUGCAUGAAGCCACAGCUCGACUGAUGGCAGGUGCUAGUCCCACCAGAACUCAGCAGCUCCUGGACAGAAGUAUCAGAAGGCGACACCCAAGUAAAAAUGAUAAAGGAAGCACUGAGCACUCUGAGAGUGACACUCCAGAUAGAGAUCAGGCUAAAGCUUUAAUGAUGGCAGGCAAACACCUCCCAGAAAACAUGCUGCCAUGUAAUGAUGACAGAAUAGCCUUGAUAUCUGAAGCCAGCAAAAUGUACGAGUUCCUGGGUGACAAGAAAUCCCUACAGAACUGUCGACAAAUGAUCAUGCAGUUUGAGGACAAGGUGUCUCAAGCUACGGUGUUGUGUUAGUGAAUGUAAACUGUGAUACCUCCACUCCCCAUUAGGAUGAAAGGGUUAUUUAUUUGGUCAAAGAUUUUGUGAAGAGUUUUGUGUAUGAAGUGCUUUUGUUUCAUAUUUCAUCAUGAUCAUGAAUUCAUUGAGUAUUUUUAAUUAAAAAAAAUACAAACUUGA